AUGAAACAAGAAUGCCAUCCAACUGUAAAUGAAAACUUGCAGUCUAUCAACGAUGCUAUUAGUGGUAGUGGUAAUAAUAAUAAUAAUAAUAAUAAUAGUAAUAAUGAUUCUAAUGAUGACCUAGUGGAUUCUGAAUACAUAGAUAACAGUUACAGUAGUUUAAAUACAGAUGAGCCGAAUGAUGAUCACAAACACCUGCUAUCUAAAACUCAUCCAGCUCUUUUGGAUGGCAUAACCGUCAACGUCAAUGAACAUAAUACUAAGACCACUACACAAAGCAAAACUGAUUUAAAUGACAAAAAUUCAUCUAUACACAAGAAAAAUAAACAGACAAAACAACAUAAUUUACCAUAUUCAAAGCCACCACAGAUCUAUCCAUGUGAUGAACAAGGCUUCCCACUCUGGUGCACAAUGUGCCAAUCUAUAAAACAACCACGCACACACCAUUCUUCGCAUUUAAAUAGGUGUAUUUGGAAAUUUGACCAUUAUUGUCUUUGGAUAGGCCAAGUAAUUGGCGGUGCCAAUUAUAAAGUAUUUAUACAAUACGCCUUUAGCAUAGUGAUAUUUUUAUCUAUUAUGUUUUUCUCUAUAGUUUCAUUAUAUUUACCUCACUAUAACAAUAAUAAGCUGAAUGAAAAGUAUAUAAAGGGAAACAUUAUUACAGUGAUAAUUAUAACUGGGCCAUUUUUAACUUUUUCUGUGAUGUUAUUCCUACAACAUUGCUACUACACAAUUAUGAAUAUUACAUCAAUAGAAUCCAUUCAAAGAAAAAGUUUGCAGCAAAAUAGAGAAUUUAUUAGUGUUUUACUUGAAAACAAUAAAAGGUAUGUUGUCGAAUGUCCAUAUUCUAUCCAAAAAAGGAACUAUUGGAGAAGAGGAUCCAUUUUAUAUAAUAUAAAGCAGCAAAUAGGUCCGCAUUGGUAUUUAUGGUUUUUCCCAACUGCAAACCAUGAAGAAGAUCAAGAUUACAAAUUGGGAGAAUAUUAUCUUUCUUGGAUUAAGAAACAGGUCGAAAUAUUCGAGAAUAGUAAUAACAAUGAUACUAGUUGCGGUAGUGUUGCAUAUAGCGAUACUAAUGAUAGCAGUAAUAAUAAUGAGAAUGAUAUAGAAAAAGAUAGCAACAACGGGUUUAUUAUUGAUAGAAUUUAUGUUCAAGGAGAUUUUCUUUAG